GUCUUCGAAUAACAUUAGAUAAAAGUGUUAGGACGAAAAAGCGGAGGUGUUGCAUGUGCCGGUGAAAAAAAUGCACUUAAACGAACCUGAUAAAAUGUCUACAAGGGACGUGGAACUAUUUCAGAAACGAGCUGCUGCCGCGGAGACGGAGAUUAGAAAAUUAAAAGAAGCUCUAAAAUCGUUAUAUGAUGAUGUAAAAGUGCAUGGGAAUAAUGAAACAAUGAUAAGACUACAAAAUGAAAAUGCUAAACUCAAACAUCGUCUCGCUAUUUUAAAGAGGGCUGUUGAAUGUGAAAAAUCUAUCGCUUCUGAGAAUGUCAUUCAGGACCAAAAUCCAACUUUGAGUAUUCAAGAACUGCUGCACAGCUUAUUCAGAGAAGCUAUCGAUGCUGCUUAUCCAGAAUUAACGGAUCUUCCGGUGAUAAUAGUUUCAAAUGACAAGACUCCUCAAUUUGGAGACUAUCAAUGUAACAGCGCAAUGCUUAUUUCAAACUUGAUUAAGGCCAAAGGAACUAAAACUUCGCCACGUGAUGUUGCCAAUAAAAUAGUUUCCAAAGUGAAAUCAAACUCUUUAAUCGAAAGAGUUGAAGUUGCAGGAGUAGGGUUUGUGAACAUUUUUUUGAAACGUGACUUUGCGGCUUCCAUUCUUACUACUAUGUUGAAGAGGAGGCAGGUUUUACCACCUUGUGUACCCAAACAGAGAGUUCUUGUUGAUUUUUCAAGCCCAAAUAUUGCCAAGGAGAUGCAUGUUGGACAUCUAAGAUCAACCAUCAUUGGCGAUAGUAUUAGUAGAGUUCUAGAAUACUUGGGUCACGAUGUACUAAGAAUCAAUCACAUCGGUGAUUGGGGUACUCAGUUUGGAAUGCUUGUUGCCCACCUACAAGAUCGUUUCCCUGAUUAUCUCAUCGUGUCUCCGCCAAUUUCAAGUCUUCAGGAAUUUUAUAAGGAAUCAAAAAAGAGAUUCGAUGAAGAUCCGUUGUUCAAAAAGCGUGCUUACGAGUGCGUUGUUAAGCUCCAGUCAUUUGAUGCAGACGUCCUCAAAGCUUGGCAAAUGAUCUGCUCCGUUUCCAGAAAAGUGAAUCAGCAACUUUAUGACCGCUUAGAGAUUAAAAUAACCGAAAUAGGGGAAUCCUUUUAUCAGUCUCGUAUGGUGGAUAUCGUUGAGGAGUUGGAGAGUCGUGGAUUUUUGGAGGAAGAUGAUGGCAGGAAAGUUAUGUGGGGUACCAAGCCCGGCGUUGAUAUUCCAUUAACAAUGGUCAAGUCUGACGGUGGAUUCACUUACGACACAUCGGAUAUGGCAGCGAUAAAGUAUCGGCUGGAAGAGCAGAAAGCAGAUUGGGUCAUAUAUGUGGUUGACGCAGGACAGGCAACUCAUUUCGAUACACUCAAAAAAUGCGCCAAACGAGCUGGAAUCAUAACAAGCAAGCAUAGAAUAGACCAUGUUGAAUUUGGUGUUGUAUUAGGAGAGGAUAAGAAAAAAUUCAAGACUAGAUCUGGCGAAACAAUUCAACUCAGCAAGUUAUUGGACGAAGGUUUGAGACGAGCUUUAGAAAAACUGAAGGAGAAAGAGCGUGAUAAGUUUCUGACCAAUGAUGAAUUAUUAGCUGCUCAGGAGUCCAUAGCAUACGGCUGUAUCAAGUACUCGGAUCUAUCGCAUAACCGAAUCAAAAAUUAUGUCUUUUCAUUCGAUAGAAUGCUCGAUGAUAAAGGCAACACCGCUGUCUACCUACUUUAUGCUCUAACGAGAAUACGAUCGAUUGCUAGGGCUGCAAAUGUCUCUCAAGAGCAAUUGCGAGCUGCUGCUGAGACAACAGCAAUCUCUUUGGAACACGAAAAGGAAUUCAAGUUGGCCAAAGUUUUACUCAAGUUUUCAGAUGUCCUGUUGGAAAUAACGAAGGAUCUAUGCCUACAUCACUUGUGCGAAUAUUGUUAUGAAAUUUCGACUACAUUUACAGAAUUUUACGACAGUUGUUAUUGCGUGGAAAAAAAUCAAGUCGGAGAAGUAGUGAAAAUUAACAUGGGCCGAUUAAUGUUGGCCGAAGCAACUGCUAUGAUAAUGGAACAGGCGUUCAAUCUCCUCGGUCUUAAGCCUGUAGAACGGAUGUAAAACACUGCAUUAAUUAACUGUUUCUCUAACAACAUCAAGGGUAUAAGAUGGUGAAAAAAUGCAUAAAACGAAUAAUUUCGAGAAGUUAUUGUAAGAAAUCACAUCAUGUCAAUUACCUAGAGAAGUAAUAAACACUACUAUUUCAACCUUG